AUGACGCUAAAUUUGAAGUAUUCCCCAGCCUGGAGCUUCCAAGGAAGGUACAAGUUGAGACAAAAUCGUGAAUCUCCAGGACCUGGAGCUUAUGAGAUGUAUUCUCCUAAAUCCUCGCCAAAAUAUAGAAUUGGAACAGCUUCUCGUAUAACUAGAAGUAGUUACCUAUCCAAAUCUCCAGGGCCAGGAGCUUAUGACCCCAAACCUACUUUUUCAAGCACAGGCCUGCUACUUGGUACUGGAAAACGUAGCCCUCUAAGCCCCAAACAGCUGACGCCAGGCCCUGGAGCUUACGAAGUCAACGGAAGUUACCAUGGACCAAGAUUUACAAUGCGAGGAAAAACUCGGCUGUUUCAAAAAGACGCAGUCCCAGGCCCAGGCCAAUACAACCCCAAAAAGCCUGACACAGCCCCUUCCUACUCUUUAGGUUCAGCCGGCAAAUCUUCCUACAUAAAAAUCGAAAAAGACCUCCCAGGUCCCGGAAUGUACGAUUCCAAGGUAAAAACUUCAACCCCAAGCUGAACCUUUAGAAGUGAAAGAUGAUUAAAGCGAGAGCAAAUAGUCCUCCCAGGGCCAGGAAGUUAUGAAAUCCCAACCACAGUGGGUGCUAUAUCAAAAUAUGCAAUGAGCCCAUAA